AUGGUGCCCCGGGGGAGCGCGGCUGCGGCGAGGCGGCGGCGGCAGGCGAGAGAAGGGCCGGUCACUGAGCGGGGAGCGCGCCCGGCCGCGGCUGCCGUUGCAGCUGCAACAGAGGAGGGUCCCAAGGGCUCCUCGCGGCGGAGCUGGGAGGCUGGGCCGGCGGGGUGGAUCCCCGGUCAGCGUCUGCAUCCAUCCUGCAGCGGGGAGCCGGGCAGCGGGGCCGACAUGGAGCACCGGGAGCGGACACGGGGCGCUGGGCUGGAGCGGGGGAGGGAAGGGAAAGCCCGAGCACCGGGGAGGCCCCCGAGCGGGGAGACGCCGCUGCCUCGCCGGCUGCAGUUACGCCCGGCGAUGGAGAGCGAGCGGGGCCGGCCCGGGUGCGCGGAGGGGAAGGAAAGGGGCCGGGACGCGAGGAGGGAGCGGGGCGCAGGCCCGCACGCCAAGAAAGCCGCCGCGCUCAGUCACUCGCUCCGAGCGGCCGAGGCCCGGGCAGGCCCAGGGCAGGGAAAGGGGUCCCGGGGCCUCAGCCCCGCCUCACCGGGGCGCCCAUGGCGGCCGCGGCCUCUCCACCGCCCGGCAGGCGCAGCCACCGCCCGCGCGGCCGGGCCGCGCUCUCUCCAACAGCCGCGGCCGCCUCGCGCGGAGCCGGAAACCCUCCUCCUCCUCCCUCUUCUUCUUCUCCUGCUGCCCGCGGCCCACAGCCGCCGCUCCCCGGCGCUGCCGCUCACCGGGGCCGAGCCGAGUCCGGGUGGCGCCCGGCGGGCAGGACCGAGCGCAGCCGCCGCGGCCGCCCGGCGACGCCUCGGCGCUAAAUGGCGACGGCGGGAGCCCGAACCGACACACGGUCCGGGGGGGAGGAGGGGCCGCGCCGCCGGCCACGCCCCGCCCGAGCCCGGGCCGCGCACCGUCCCCUCCCCCCGCCGCCCAGGGGAGGUGGCCGCGCCCGCCGCGCGCGGGGCACCAUGGGAGCUGUAG